AUGGGGAGCGGAGCCAGUGCGGAAGACAAGGAGCUGGCCAAGAGGUCCAAGGAGCUGGAGAAGCAGCUGCAGGAGGACGCCGACAAGGAGGCCAAGACUGUCAAGCUACUGCUGCUGGGUGCUGGGGAGUCAGGGAAGAGCACGAUUGUCAAACAGAUGAAGAUCAUCCACCAGGACGGCUACACACAAGAGGAAUGUCUGGAGUUCAAGUCCGUCAUCUACGGCAACGUGCUGCAGUCCAUCCUAGCCAUCAUCCGCGCCAUGUCCACCCUGGGUAUCGACUACGCAGAGCUGGGACGAGUGGAUGACGGGAGGCAGCUCAACAACCUGGCAGACUCCAUUGAGGAGGGCACGAUGCCCCCUGAGCUGGUGGAUGUGAUCAAGAAACUCUGGAAGGACGCAGGGGUGCAGGCCUGUUUCGAGAGGGCGGCCGAAUAUCAGCUCAAUGAUUCUGCUUCCUACUACCUGAACCAGCUGGACCGCAUCACAGCCCCGGAAUACCUCCCCAAUGAGCAGGACGUGCUGCGAUCCCGGGUCAAGACCACGGGCAUCAUCGAGACCAAAUUCUCCGUCAAAGACCUGAACUUCAGGAUGUUUGAUGUGGGAGGUCAGAGGUCAGAGCGCAAGAAAUGGAUCCACUGCUUCGAGGGGGUGACCUGCAUCAUCUUCUGCGCAGCUCUGAGCGCCUAUGACAUGGUGCUGGUGGAGGACGACGAAGUGAACCGCAUGCACGAAUCCCUUCACCUCUUCAAUAGCAUCUGCAACCACAGGUUCUUUGCCACAACAUCCAUCGUGCUCUUUCUCAAUAAGAAGGAUCUCUUCGAGGAAAAAAUUAAGAAAGUUCACCUCAGCAUAUGCUUCCCGGACUAUGACGGCAACAACUCCUACGAAGACGCAGGAAGCUACAUCAAGAACCAGUUCCUUGACCUCAACAUGAGAAGAGACGUCAAGGAGAUCUACAGUCACAUGACUUGUGCCACGGACACACAGAAUGUCAAAUUUGUGUUUGACGCAGUCACAGAUAUCAUCAUCAAAGAAAACCUCAAGGACUGCGGGCUUUUCUAA